CACGAAAGUAUGCACGCCUGUCACUCCCACUCACUAAUCCAUUCUCCAAGACGGUGUGGCUGACCUCCCUAGUCAGCCUGGUUUGAUUUUUCACCUCCUCCAUGUUGCUCGCACCUCUCCUGGCCUGCCUGGUAGGGCCAUCCUUUGCCGAUUCGGUGGCCGCAAACAACCUCUCCACCCUCGACAUCACAAUUCAACGCAAUGCUCUUAUUGAGUCGUACCUUGCACAUCGGCCCAUUCGAGGGGUCAGAAAAAUGAGCGAGGAUGAGGGCGAGAAAUUCUUUCUCGAUUACUGGCAAUUCGACGACAACUACGCGUUGGGCAAUUCAUCCGACACCCCAAAUGGCUUGGCUUCGCCCGCAAGACGCUCCGAGAGCCUACAAACGUCCGAAGAAGUCGAUUUCCAACCGCAAUCAUACCCUUUCAACCCCUCGUACUCGAGUGGUUUGGACAUCGAGGGGCGCGGCUGGAGGGCGAAUUUCUCACCGCUUCUUCGGCGGGACUUCCGGUGUCCCAGCGGCACCUCCAACUGCACCUCGAUCGACCGGCCCGAUAGCUGCUGCAGUACCGAUGAUACGUGCGUCCUAGUCAAAGAUACGGGAUCCGGGGAUGUGGGCUGCUGUCCGAAGGGUAAAACCUGCUCGGGUACUAUCGGCGCAUGUGCCGAGGGGUAUUCCAGCUGUCCCUCGUCGAUGGGCGGGGGGUGCUGCAUUCCAGGUUAUGAUUGCGUUAGUGGCGGAUGUAUGCGGGUCUUCACGGUCACUGUUACCGUGAGCUCGACCGUUCUGCUGUCAACCUCAACUCAAACAGUUGCCGCGACUACCAAGACGCUCUCCACGGGGGAUUUGAUUCCUCCUGCACGGCCUACGAGUGUGUCCACGGCCACGAGCUCCAGCACCAGCAAGACCACUAGAACAGCGACCGUGUCAGUCUGUCCAACAGGAUUCUAUGCCUGCUCCGCCGUUUAUCAGGGCGGCUGCUGCCGCACAGGCCGCGAUUGCGACACCACAUCUUGUCCCGCUACGCCGUCAACGACCAUCGCCAGUGACGGCGUCACUAUCGUGGUCCCGGUGACGAGUGCAACGGGGACCGCCACUGAGGCCGCCAGUGGCAGCAGCAGCAGCAGCAGCACGGGCCGGUGCGCGAGUGGAUGGUUCAGUUGCGCCGAAACAGUCGGGGGCGGUUGCUGUCCGACGGGAUAUCGGUGCGGCUCCAGCUGUACAGCAGUCUCAACAGCCACGGAGACCGUCUCAAAAGAGCAACCAACGAGUGGAGGAGGUCAGAAGUCAGUGGUAUCAGGAGGGAUGGCGGGCGUGAGCAUCGUAGUUGUAGUGGCUAUGGCGAUCCUAAGCAUGAACUAACGAAUAACGAAUUCGACCUGGAAUAAUAUAUACACGGAGUGACGGUUAAAUGAAACAGUGCGGGAAAAAGGUAAAAG